GGCAUUAAUACGAGGUACGGUAUAUUUGUAGUUCGAAUUCCUUGCAGUUUACGCAUUUGAAAUGAUGUUUUUGUUAUUUACUUUGCUCGCGGGGUUGGCAAUUUUGCCUUUCGUCCUGUAUAUACGUUACCCUUACCUUGCGCAAGAUGUUCUGUACAUGCUUAGCGCAAUACGCGUAGGGAAGCGAAUGGUCUCAUUCAAGAACGCUAAACCCUGUCACACAAUCCUGGACUGUUUUUUAGAUCGCGUAAACAGUCAUCCUGAGAAAACUUUCAUCAUUUUUGAGCAGGAAACUUACACAUACCGGGAUGCUGAUAAAAUCAGUAACAAAGUUGCGCGUACCCUCUCUGACCACGCGAAUCUGAAGGAGGGCGACACGGUUGCUCUUUUUCUUGGAAAUGAGCCAUUUUACGUAUGGAUUUGGUUAGGUCUGGCCAAACUUGGAUGUACUGCAGCUCUCUUGAAUUACAACAUAAGGUCGAAGUCUCUGCUUCACUGUUUUUCUUGUUGUGGCGCAAAAGCACUUAUAGCUGCUGCCGAGCUGAAGGAAGCGGUGGAGGAGGUGUUGCCGACAUUGCGCGAGCAGAAUGUGUCGGUCUAUAUUUUGUCUGAAACAUCGCAGACCGAGGGCAUGUCGAGCCUCAGGGAUAAGAUAAACCUGGCGUCCGAUGAACCCUUGUCCAAGACACUGCGCUUCAACGUGACACUGAAAAGCCCGGCGCUGUAUAUCUACACCUCUGGAACAACAGGUCUUCCAAAGGCAGCAGUGAUAAACCAUGAGCGCGUCUGGUACGCAUCCUUCUUACAGUCAAUGGCCGGAGUGAGCUCCGAAGACGUGCUCUACCUGUAUCUGCCUCUGUACCACAGCGCGGGGUUCCAGAUGGGUCUGACUGGGGCAAUAGAACGCGGUUUAACAGUUGUGAUGCGACGCAAGUUCUCCGCCUCACAGUUCUGGGAUGACUGCAGAAAGCACAGAAUCACAGUUAUCCAGUAUAUCGGAGAAAUCAUGCGUUAUCUGUGCAACAGCCCAAAGAAAGACAAUGAAAAAGCCCAUUGUGUCAGACUGGCUCUGGGGAAUGGAAUAAGGGCAGAUACGUGGUCUGAAUUUCUGCAUCGUUUUGGAGACGUCCGCAUCUGUGAAUGCUACGGCGCCACGGAGGGAAACAUUGGCUUCGUUAACUAUGUGGGAAAAAUUGGUGCAAUUGGACGAGUGAAUUUCUUCCAUAAGAUGAUUCAGCCUUACGCCCUGAUCAAAUAUGAUACUGAGACAGAAGAGCCUGUGAGAGAUUCUAGAGGCUUCUGUGUGGAAGUCCCACAGGGAGAGACUGGUCUUUUGGUGGCCAAGAUAACGAAAACGGCACCUUUCAAAGGGUACGCAAAAAACACCCACCAGACGGAGAAGAAGAAGCUGAGAGACGUGUUUGAGAAAGGAGACCUGUAUUUCAACAGCGGGGACCUGAUGAAGACUGACCAGGAGGGCUUCAUUUACUUUCAGGAUCGCAUUGGAGAUACAUUCAGGUGGAAAGGGGAGAAUGUGGCCACCACUGAGGUCUCUGAUAUUUUGAUCGCGUUAGAUUUCAUUGAGGAAGCAAACGUCUAUGGCGUCAAAGUACCAGGACAUGAGGGAAGAAUCGGAAUGGCUGCUAUCAAAGUGAUGGAGGGGAUGGAGUUUGACAGCACCGCCACGUUCGAGCACGUCCAAUCACUUCUCCCCGUCUACGCCAGACCGCGCUUCAUCAGAAUACAGAAUUCCCUGGACAUUACUGGGACAUUUAAACAGAUGAAAGUGAAACUCUCUGAGGAGGGUUUCAACCCCAGAGUUAUCCAAGACUCCUUGUACUUCCUGGAUGAGAAGAGGAAAAAUUACGUUCCUCUGAGCGAGGACACGUACGACUCGAUCUCUGACGGACGGCUACGACUGUAAAAGGGGGGGGGGGGCAGUGAACAAAGUGAUUCCAGUUGAUAUGAAAUGAGUUCUCAAAGCCCAUUCCUGUAUGGGACAUUUAAUGGUGUUUUGUCUCUUUAAAAAAAAGGAACUAUUUGGCAUUAUGAUGGUAAUUAUAUUGACAAAAAUGACUAUUAAAGUAGAUUUGUGUAAGUUUUUCAAAGACUGUUUUUGAUAUAUUUGUAUAAUAAUAAUUAUUAUUUUUUUAGGUUUCUAGUGAGGUGGUGAUCAUAUAGGAAUGCCAGUGAUUUGUUUCUGAUUAAAAGCCUGAUGGUGCA